CUCGAGGCGUGAACGUGGCAGCCAUUUUACAUCAUCAAGAGUGAAUGACUGGGGUCGGACCAGUGCCGGGAGUUUUACACUUUUUCAGUCUUUUAAAUAUCAUAUUUAUCUUCCUGUGUAAUCAGCACCAUACACGUUGGUGUGCCAGCGGCAGAUUUCUGGAGACAUGGCCACAGAACAUAUAAAUGGAAAUGGUCCAGAAGAGCCAAUGGACACCUCUGCUGCAGUUACCCAUUCUGAGCACUUCCAGACUUUAUUAGAAGCUGGUUUACCACAGAAAGUUGCUGAAAAACUAGACGAAAUUUACAUAGCAGGUUUGGUGUCCCACAGUGACUUAGAUGACCGGGCGAUUGAGGCUCUGAAAGAGUUCAACGAAGAAGGUGCUCUCCAAGUCCUUUUGCAGUUUAAGGACAGCGACCUCUCACAUGUUCAGAACAAAAGUGCCUUUCUUUGUGGCGUGAUGAAGACAUACAGACAGAGAGAGAAACAAGGGACCAAAGUGUCUGACACCAAUAAAGGACCAGAUGAAGCCAAAAUCAAAGCUUUGCUGGAGAGGACUGGCUACACACUUGAUGUGACAACAGGACAAAGGAAGUAUGGUGGUCCUCCACCAGAUUGUGCACACUCAGGGGGACAACCCACCAUUGGUACUGAGAUAUUUGUAGGUAAAAUUCCCAGAGACCUUUUUGAGGAUGAACUGGUUCCCCUGUUUGAGAAAGCCGGCCCCAUCUGGGACUUGCGUUUAAUGAUGGAUCCUCUCAGUGGUCUUAACAGAGGCUAUGCCUUUGUCACCUACUGCACUAAGGAAGCUGCACAGCAGGCUGUCAAAUUGUGCAACAACAAUGAAAUCCGACCAGGUAAACACAUUGGCGUCUGCAUCUCUGUGGCCAAUAACAGACUAUUUGUUGGAUCCAUCCCCAAGAGUAAAACAAAAGAGCAAAUUGUUGAAGAAUUUGCAAAAGUUACUGAGGGUCUAAAUGAUGUCAUAUUAUACCACCAGCCAGAUGACAAGAAAAAGAACAGAGGCUUUUGCUUCCUGGAGUAUGAAGACCACAAGACGGCGGCUCAAGCCCGCCGCAGGCUGAUGAGUGGCAAGGUGAAGGUGUGGGGAAAUGUGGUCACUGUGGAGUGGGCUGAUCCUAUUGAGGAUCCGGAUCCAGAGGUCAUGGCUAAGGUAAAAGUGCUGUUUGUGAGGAACCUGGCAUCCACCGUUACAGAGGAGACGCUUGAAAAAACAUUUAGUCAAUUUGGCAAGCUGGAGAGAGUGAAAAAACUGAAAGAUUACGCCUUUAUCCACUUUGAAGAAAGAGACGCUGCUGUGAAGGCUUUAGCUGAGCUCAAUGGCAAAGACCUUGAAGGAGAGCACAUUGAAAUAGUCUUUGCCAAGCCCCCUGACCAGAAGAGGAAGGAGCGGAAAGCCCAGAGACAGGCCGCCAAAACACAAAUGUAUGAUGAAUACUAUUAUUAUGGGCCUCCUCACAUGCCACCACCCACAAGAGGAAGAGGAAGAGGUGGGCGGGGAGGCUAUUCUUAUGCCCCUGAUUACUAUGGCUAUGAAGACUAUUACGAUUACUAUGGAUAUGAUUACCACAACUACCGGGGAGGAUACGAUGACCCCUACUAUGGCUACGAGGACUUCCAGGGGUCUGGCAGAGGACGGGCAACAAGAGGCGUUCGUGGAGCUCAGACCAGGGGCCCUCGUUCUAUCACCUCCAGGGGCCGAGUGGGCUUCACUCAGCGAGGAGGCCUAGGAACAAUCAGAGCAGGGAAACGGGGCCGAGGGCGGUCCUGACCUGUCACAGUGGAUACUGACUUGAUGUGUGGGGUUACACCGUAAGCUGCAAUGGAUAUUGACAUGACAACAAGCACGACAAAAAGGUCCAAUGAAAUUCCAGCCUUACAGAAGAAGUUCCCCCUACCCCAUUUUUUAUUCUUAGAAACCUUUUUUCUCAGAAGCUGCCACCUUAAAAAAACAAAAAACAAAAAAAAAAAAAAAACGGCCGUAUGUUUCUGAACACUCGCCACAGCCUCUUUGCCCAGUCUCCCUGUAUGUUGCCCUGAUUUUCAGGGCUUUAUGAAUUGCCCUUACAAUCUACCCCUUCCCUGUGCCCCAAACAUGCCAUUUUAAAGAAAAAUAAUAAUUAUUGAAGAAAUUGCACUUUUUAAGUUCUUAGGUUUGAAGUGGCUCAAAGGAGCUUGAUACUAUUGUAUAUUUUUGUGCUAAUUGCAAUUUUAUUGUCGGAGUAUCCAUGUUGUUUUUGUUUGACCUGGAUGUUUGAAAUCGAACAUUUGCAGGGUUUUAAGGUGUACCCACCUGGCAUGGAUAAGUCAGGCAUUCCAGGAAAGUGGUUCUUUUAAGAACAUGUCUUUAAAGGGUUGGUUGACUACCUCAGUACAGAGGACUAAACUACCCGGCCUGUACUGUAAAUAGGGAAACUAUAUAGAUGAAAGCAGGGCUUGUUUUCAUACAAAAUAUGCACAAGAGCUGCAGCGCAAAAACGAUGUACUUAAAGUAAUAUACUCCUUUUAGCUGCAGCUCUGCAGACUGCAAACAGUCAAGCUGGGCAUGCAAACGAUCUCAUAUGAUGAGUCUAAACAAGCCCUACUUUUAUCCUAUUUUGAACUGAAUUAGCUGCAUUGCUUCUUCAGAGUAUGUAGUUACUGGUUGUAUAGUUUUUCGGAAAAUGUUACGUUUUGUAAAGGCUUAAACAUCACAGGCAUCCAACUGCCUUUGAUUAAAAAAAAAGAAAGAAAACAAAACAAAAAUAAAGCCCUGCAGUGUCCCUUUUGUUACCACUAUUAUUCCAAUGGGGUUUUUACUCAUGAAACACAUUUUUCAAUAACCACCCUAAUCAGAGAAUAGACUAUCCAUAAGAUCAUGGAAAUCGAGAAGAUCCCUUCCCAGCUCACAAGGCAGCGACUACAUAGAGCAUCUUGGAAGUGAACCUUGGUGGGUGACUGAAUUGCCAUAUUUUCCAGUCAGUGUGUGCCUAACCUGAGCUGCUGUGAUGUGGUGAGGGAUUACAGCCCUAUAGUGGUUGAAGGGAUACUGCAGUGAAUGAUUUGUUUCCAAGUAUAGCAUAAAGGAAACUGUUCUUCAAUCUCAGUUUUCUACACAGUUAACUCCCUCAGUAAAAUCAUCAUAACCACCUUUUGAAAAAAAAAAGUUAACAGUUUUAAACUAUUGUUGGUGGCCAACAACAUUUUUUGCAUUCCUGCAAAUAAAUUGUUUUAUACUGUAAAAUGGAGGUGAGUGUAACUUAUUUUUGUAAUAAAGUUUUUGAUUUCUA